AGUACACACAUUGCGAUUUAAGCAGCUGCAGCUCAGGCGAACAUUAUACAUUUAAUGUAUCGGAUGCAUAUUAGGGCUACGGCCGCUUGCAGCAGUGUAACGCAUUGUGGGAUUCGGAAAGUUACUUUCAGUUUUGUUAAGGAAGUGUGUAGUUUUUGCACACAGCGCGGCACGUUGGCUGGGUUUGAUUACAGUUAGCGGAAGGAAGGUACUCUUCGUUCUUAAACCCGAACCUCUUUGGUAAAACUGCUGCAGAUGGAGGGGUCGUAGAUUUACCUGAAUGGAAGAGGCUGAGCUAAUGUUCUAGGUUUCCGAAAGAAGAUUCCCCCUCCCUUUUAUACAUACCCAGCAGGAUGAGCAGCCCUGACCAUGCUGAGUUCCACCUUAUUGAUGGGAGUGAGGCAGCCCAAACAUCAGGUGAAGAGGAUGGUGUUACGCUAGAUGGAAAUGUUGCUACUGUGGUUCUCCACCUUUAUCCAUGCCCACAGGAGCAGAAAUCAUCCGACAGUGAAACAGGAUUCACCUCUCAAAAUGCAAGUGAAGACAGAUGGGAGGGAAGUACCUUCCGAGAGAAGAAUACUGCUAGCACCCCCCUAAAGCAUCCCACUACCCUGACAAACCGUCAGCGUGGAAAUGAGGUCUCUGCAUUACCUGCAACGUUAGACACACUGACUAUUCAUCAACUAGCUGCACAUGGAGAGAAGAGUCAGCUCUGCGAAAUUCUCCAAAAAGGUGAUCAUUUACUGAAUAAAGCUGAUGAGCGGGGUUUUACUCCUCUGAUGUGGGCCGCAGCAUUUGGGGAGAUUGCUGUUGUGCGGUACCUUCUUGACAAGGGUGCAGAUCCAUCUAUAUUGGCAAUGGAGCGAGAGAGUGCUUUGUCCCUAGCGAGUAAUGGAGGGUACACCGAUAUCGUCACAAUACUUUUGGAGAAGGGAGUAGACAUCAACGUUUAUGACUGGAAUGGAGGAACACCUUUGCUUUAUGCUGUGCGUGGCAAUCACGUGAAAUGUGUUGAAGCUUUAUUAGCUCAUGGUGCAGAUUUGACAAUGGAAGCAGACUCAGGAUACACCCCAAUGGACCUUGCAGUAGCUUUGGGCUACAAGAAAGUUCAACAGGUGAUUGAAAACCACAUCCUCAAACUGCUGCAAAAUCAAGAGUGUCAUCAGUGAAGUACAAGAUGACAGAGUCAGAAUGCAGUCAUGAUUUAGGCUUUUGUCUGGAUCAACAACUAUCAGGUCUUCUUGAGAUGUGCUGUGCAGAAAGCCAGCAGUGAUCUACUGACCAUUAACUGCGUACCGGCCUGCAGGUGGGAACUAUGUAACCAGCCUGAAGAGCAGUCUCUUAAGGUACAUGAAGGUAACGUGUAAGAAGAACUGCUUCAGCAAUCCUGGCUGAUAUGGCAUUAUAUGUGAAAGAGAGGAACUCCGAAGGAAUAAGAAACAGACGGCACUACUUCGCAAUGCCGUGUGUAUAUUUCUCAUAAGCUGAAGUAUCAGUGACAAUUUUUUCUUGCCAUCGCUAGGACCGUCUUUAGUAAAGUCACAUAGAAUGGUUGUUUUUUUCAGGAGCUACUGUUGUAAAUAGUGAAUGUGCAUUUGGAAGACAUCACUCAUUUCUGAUUAUUCUCUUAACACUCCAACCCAGGGAAUACAAAACCAAAACCAGAAAUUGAAGUAAGAUUGGGUAAGUGCUGCAUGGAAUAACAUUUGGUUAUAUUACCUGUUGAUUUCUAAACAAAAGAGUUAAUUUUACAAAUGCCACCGUCCCAUUAAUAAGCUUUAUGAAUAAGUAAACAAGAUGUGUUAGCAAUUUUGUGAAGAACAUUAUCUGGUUAGUGUGCACUUGCCUUCAAGUAUAUAAAAAACUUACUUUAACAUUUAAAUGUUAAACCCUUAUAAAAACUGAUGAUUAAAUACUUAAAAGUAUCAGCUUUGUCAGUAAAAUAAAUUCUCAUUAAGAACUUCUACAUGAAAAAGAAAACCUUAAUUGCUUAAAAAAAAAUUCCACUGCCACUAUAUGUUGCAGUGGAGUGCUACGUAGUAAAAUAAAUGAAAUUACCACCACGGCUGCAUCAGCAUUAAGUUUGCUGCAGACUUUAGGAGUGUUCCCUACUUUACAAAAAUAUGCUGCAACUGGAAUGGAGAUAUGGUAUUAACUGAAGAACAUUUCUAGACGUCUAUAGAAAUAAUAAAAAGAAAACCAAAGCUAUAGAAGGAAAAUCAGAUUAUAACUGGUUACCUUUUUCAGUAGUUGUAAACUGCUGUUAUCAGUGAUUAUUUCUGCAGUUUAUUGCUGGAAUAAUACAUUAAAGUAAUAGUACCUAUAGUUGCCAAUUUUCUUGCUUUCUCCUUGAGUACUUUAGUAGACUGAUGUUAGUUUCUCUGACAUGGGUACAGAUGGAAAAGGAUCUGUCUAUUACAGCUUGGUGGAGGAAAAAAAGAUCAUCCAUAGAGAUGAAAGUAUCUUAGUAAAAGCUGAAUAUUGCCAUGUCUUUAAUUUUGUCACUGACCACUUGCUCAGUUUUUUUAGCAUCUCUGACAGUUCUUUUAAAGUGGGCAACAUUACAUUUUGGAGAUCAAAAUGUCACAUUUCUACCCAUAAUAAAAGCAUAUAUUCCUAGGAGCAGAGAUUCACUGUGAUGUCUGACAAGUCUACAAUGGAAUCUUCACUAUCCUAGGAAUGAAUUAUGUACACAAAAUAAUGACAGCUUGCUUGAUUUUGACAAUCCUGUCAGUGAAUCUGAUGCUAAUGGUGUCAAAUGGUACUGGUCCAAGACUAAAGCUGUCUUCGUAUGAAUGUAUGAUACAGUACACUUCUGAUGGUUCUUUUGUACCUAGAUACCUUUGUGAAGUUUGAGUGUUAUGGUCACACAUCAGAUGAAGCCUUUAAAAUGUAGUAUUUCACUUAGCAGCGUAUCAAAAUAAUAAUUCAGCAGAAAAAAAUGUUGAAAACAUUAAUAUCUCAAACUUGUGUUCAGGAGUUGAAUGUGAGGUUCCCUUUGCUUGAUAAAUGGAUAGAGAUGAAAAACUGUAAUGCCAAAGUGAUACAUAAUGUUACUUUGCGGUUUAUGUUUAUUAAUAAAAUAUAUUAUUUGCUGUAUUUGUAAAUGGUUAGUUGGAGUCUUUCAUAAAGUUUAAAUCUGAUAUACAUUAAAAAAAUCUUUUAGAUCAAAUUUACUAGUGUAGAAGAUUAAACAUUCAUAAGGUAAGCAGGAUAAAAUACAUAACUGCUUAUUUGCAGUGCUGUAGAACAUAUUAACAUAAUUGGCUGGAUGUAGAGUUUAGUUUCAGUUUGCAUAAUGUCAUUGAAAGUGGAGCUGCUGUAAAGUAGGGUUGCCACCUUUUCAAAUGGCCAAAGUGUGACAUUUUCGGGACAAACAUCAGA